UUUUCGUUGCAUGGCCUAGACCAACCGAUGGUCUUUUGCAAGACUACGACCCCCAGCAUGCCGCAGGAUGAGGUUGCAGAAUGCUGCAACCUAGAUCUGUGGUCUGCAACGUGCCCUGUAUAACUACAACUCCCAGAAGACUGUCAAGGCCAGUGGCCUCCAAACUCGGAACCUGAAAAUGUUGCAAAACUACAACUCCCAGGUCAGGUCAGCUGAUGGACCUCCAGGUGUUGCAGAACUACAACUCCCAGCAUGGCAGGACAGCUGAUGGACCUCCAGGUGUUGCAGAACUACAACUCCCAGCAUGCCAGGACAGCUGAUGGACCUCCAGGUGUUGCAGAACUACAACUCCCAGCAUGCCAGGGCAGCUGAUGGACCUGCAGGUGUUGCAGAACUACAACUCCCAGCAUGCCAGGACAGCUGAUGGACCUCCAGGUGUUGCAGAACUACAACUCCCAGCAUGCCAGGACAGCUGAUGGACCUCCAGGUGUUGCAGAACUACAACUCCCAGCAUGCCAGGACAGCCGAUGAACCGCCAGGUGCUGCAAAACUACAACUCCCAGCAUGCUACGACAUCCUGCGGACAGAGGUUGCAGAUCGCUGGAACCUAGAUCUGUGGUCUUCAACCUGCCCUGUAGAACUACAACUCCCAGAAGACUGUCAAGGCCAGUGGCCUCCAAACUCGGAACCUGAAUAUGUUGCAAAACUGCAACUCACAGCAUGCCAGGACAGCUGAUGGACCUCCAGGUGUUGCAAAACUACAACUCCCAGCAUGCCAGGACAGCUGAUGGACCUCCAGGUGUUGCAGAACUACAACUCCCAGCAUGCCAGGACAGCUGAUGGACCUCCAGGUGUUGCAAAACUACAACUUCCAGCAUGCCAGGACAGCCGAUGGACAUACAGGUGGACAUUCUGCAUGAAAUCAGCCAUGUGAACAUGGCCUUAGACCAGGAUGUCUGCUGAGAGGUUGUUAGGGGAAAGUAGUCUAGCACAGCUUAGGAGGAUGCCAACCCCUGCUACGAGUUCCAUCCAGAACACUAUCCUAACUUGGUCCUAAUCUAUGAGCAGAAAGGAGGAAAGAGACGAAUCUUCAGGCCUGCACCUCACCAUUGGGAACUGCAGUACUGAAUGAAGGUUUUUGCAUGAAAGAGACUGAGAAUCGAGGAAGUAAUAAGCAGAAAGAGGAUUUGCACUUACAGAAUAUUCCAGGCCAGAGAAGACCUUGUAUGUAGAUAAAAAGAGAUAUAGAAGGUUAUUGUGAAGAAUGAAUAAAGCCGGAAGAGACCAUGACAGCUCCAAGAUGGCAGAGACUGGGCUGGUUAUGGGUGAACAGAGACACAGUGACACCCAGACGGAGUCCCCCCCUAGGUCCCCGCCGUUCGAGGAACUGGAGAGCGUUUUCCUAGAUAACGCGAGCGCAUCUUCAGAGAUUGUAGGAGACGGACAGAGACCCUGGAAAUCCGCCCCCCCAUCCCCGACCUGUGAAAGGAGAGGUCUUUCCGCCUCAGUCCUCUCGCUCCACACAGAAGAAUUUCUUGAGCUCCUCUCCACCGCACAGACCAGGCGCCUGGAUGAGCAGAGGGCAAUCUUACCCGAAAGAGUUCUUACACCCAAGAGACACUUUUCAAUGCCCAAUUACCGCCAGUUGUCCCUCCCGUCUGAUGAUAAAGGAAUCGUCAAAGAGCUGCAGCGCAGGAGAGGGGGCUCAUGGGCUGGAAAAAGCCGCAGGAAGAGACCGCCCUCCAUCAAAAUCCCCGCCCAGGAGGAGCUGUACAACACCAUCUUAGGCCAUCAGUCUCAGCGAAUGAACGAUCAGCGCAGCUCUCCCCCGAUUCCUCAAGCUGCUGCAGAUCUCUUCGAGAUCCUCUUUCGCCUUCAAGGAAAUCGACUGGAUGAACAAAGAGUGGAACUGCCUGAGGCACUAGGGGGCGCUUGCUCUUAGGCAAAAAAAAAAAAAAAGGAGGCAAAGAGUUUGCGCCGCCAUCUUGUUACCAUAAUUGUCCCCCGUUGUCCAUUUCCUGUGCUCUGACGUUGUCUCUUUACGGACGGAUGGUGAUUCCCUUUAUUACGACUACU